AUGCUGCGAACCUGGCCUUUGUGGCUAUUGCUUUUCCUGGCAAGGAGCGUUCUCGGUACUUCAUCCGUUAACUUUGUCCCUUCUUCAGCUGCUGGGACCGCCAGUUCGUGUACACCCACCAAUGGGUGUCCCAACUUGGACUUUACCUGGCAUGCUGCGAACACAGGUACAAUGGUAUACAAUAUAGAGGUCACCUCCGUUUCUUGGGAGGUCGAUAACAUUUACGCGAUUACAAUACAUGUAACCGGUGCGAAGAGCAUCCCCAUCGAAGAUUUGUGGUCUGCUAAAAUCAUCGGCGUCAGCAGUCCUGACGGCUCAACUUUCCAACUGUACGGCCACAAUGAGAAUGUUUAUUUGAUUGAUGACCCCACAAACUAUUUUGCGACUUUCAGGGUAUAUGGUGUCGCUGAUAGUACAGACUCUUCAAAGGUUUGGAUGCCCAAUUUCCAAAUCCAGUAUGAAUAUCUACAAGGGUCCACAGCUACUAAUGCAGCUGGCUGGACAUACGGCACCACAACUUUUGACCUGAUCACCGGAUGUAAUAACUACGAUAACCAAGGACAUUCGCAAACUGACUCCGCAGGUUUUUAUUGGUCUUUACAUUGUUCUGGUGGGUCUUCUAUCUCAUCGUCGUCUGUAAGCACCAUGAAGAGUUCAACAUCCUCCACAUCCAAAACAACCUCUUCGACUACAUCAACGCAAAAGACAUCCUCUUCCUCUGUCACAUCAACCCUCUCAUCCACAGGUUCUGUAGUCACAACUUCAUCAACCGUGGUAACUUCGGGAAAUUUUGACUCUACAAGAACCUACUCAACGAUCGUAACGACAACGAAAGGUUGGGAUGGAUUGACUACCGUAGAUUCUAUCUACCUGGUUGAGCAACCUCUACCAAAAACGACAUCUACACAAUAUAACUCCUGGACAGGCACUGUCACUUCAACUUAUUCGACCGAUAUCUGGACUAUUUGGGGAAACAAUGGCCAGUCAAUUGAGACUGUGUUUUACGUCGAGACGCCUAUGCCCCGAACACAAACUACUGUUUUCAAUUCAUGGAGCGGUACGGUCACUUCGACCUUCUCGACCGCCACGUGGACAAUCUGGGGCAAUAAUGGUCAAACUAUUGAAACUGUUUAUUACGUCGAAACGCCAAUGCCCCGCACUCAGACAACUAUAUACACGUCUUGGACGGGUUCCUACAAUUCCACCUAUUCCACGGAUACUUGGACAAUAUGGGGUAACAACGGUCAAACUAUCGAAACUGUUUAUUACGUCGAAACGCCAAUGCCCCGCACUCAGACAACUAUAUACACGUCUUGGACGGGUUCCUACAAUUCCACCUAUUCCACGGAUACUUGGACAAUAUGGGGUAACAACGGUCAAACUAUCGAAACUGUUUAUUAUGUCGAGACGCCAAUGCCCCGAACCCAAAGCACAUCCGUAAUACCUUGGACCGGCACUAUUACGUCAACAUAUUCGACUGACGUGUGGACAAUAUGGAGCAAUAAUGGUCAGAUGUUGGAAACAGUUUAUUACGUCGAAACACCUAUUCCCAGAAUUUCAACUACUUCUUACACAUCUUGGACAGGGUCAGUCACCACUACUUAUUCAACCGCUACGUCGACGGUUUGGAAUAACAAUCUGGAAACAAUAGAAGUAACCUACUACGUUCGCACACCAGUGCCAUCGAUGCUCACAACCAUAUUCUCACCUUGGACAAAUACAUUUUCUUCCACUUAUUCUACCUCUCGGUCGAGCGUGUGGAUAAGCGAUUAUCUGGUUAUAAGUGACGUCUACUUCGUGGCUACCCCAGUUGUCCAAACAACGUCCGCCACUACUAUCCCAUGGACGGGCUCUUUCACCAGUACUUUCUCUACGGGCUUCAUCACUUCAACUGGCGCGGAUGGGAAAGAAACCAUCGAAACGAUAUACUACGUUGAGACCCCAAUCGUUGAUGUCACAUCAGCCACGACUAUCCCAUGGACGGGCUCUUUCACCAGCACCUUCUCUACUGAUUUCAUCACCUCAACUGGAGAGGAUGGCAAGGAAACCAUUGAAACGAUAUACUACGUCGAGACGCCAAUCGUUGAUGUGACUUCGGGUACGACGAUUCCAUGGACGGGCUCUUUCACCAGUACUUUCUCUACGGAUUUCAUCACUUCAACUGGCAAGGAUGGCAAGGAGACCAUCGAAACGAUCUAUUACGUCGAGACUCCAAUCGUUGAUGUGACUUCAGGUACGACGAUUCCAUGGACGGGCUCUUUCACCAGUACUUUCUCUACGGAUUUCAUCACUUCGACUGGCGAGGACGGCAAGGAAACCAUAGAAACGAUCUAUUACGUCGAGACGCCAAUCGUGGAUGUGACAUCAGCCACGACGAUUCCAUGGACUGGCUCUUUCACCAGUACCUUCUCUACUGAUUUCAUCACUUCGACUGGCGAGGAUGGCAAGGAAACCAUCGAAACGAUCUAUUACGUCGAGACGCCAAUCGUGGAUGUGACUUCGGGUACAACCAUCCCAUGGACCGGUUCUUUCACCAGCACCUUCUCUACUGACUUUGUCACCUCAACUGGCGAGGAUGGCAAGGAAACCAUCGAAACGAUCUAUUACGUAGAGACGCCAAUCGUGGAUGUAACUUCGGGCACAACCAUCCCAUGGACUGGCUCUUUCACCAGUACUUUCUCUACUGAUUUCAUCACUUCGACUGGAGAGGACGGCAAGGAGACAGUUGACACUGUUUACUACGUCGAGACGCCAAUCGUGGAUGUCACAUCUGCCACCACGAUCCCAUGGACCGGUUCUUUCACCAGCACCUUCUCUACUGAUUUCCUCACCUCAACUGGCGAGGACGGCAAGGAAACCAUCGAAACGAUCUAUUACGUAGAGACGCCAAUCGUGGAUGUAACUUCGGGCACAACCAUCCCAUGGACUGGCUCUUUCACCAGUACUUUCUCUACUGAUUUCAUCACUUCGACUGGCGAGGAUGGCAAGGAGACAGUUGAAACGAUCUACUACGUCGAGACGCCAAUCGUGGAUGUGACUUCAGGUACGACGAUUCCA